AUGGCUACCAGCGACGGCUCGACCACCUCCAGUAUGAUCUCUCUCAAGUCUGUUUCUGCGGCGCCCACCAAUGUACCAUAUAUCAUCGACCUCACCACUCAAGAGUUCCGUCCCACUAAGGCGACACGACAGCGGAAACCCGUUACGCCUCAAAGGACUAAAUCUCCGAAGGCAACGAAUGCGGAUCAUCUUGUCACCCCCACUUCUAACCUUCAAAUCUUCACGAUCGAUGCACCGCGCAAGGUCCCUCAGAUUACAGUUCGCCGCAAGCCAGUUUCGCCCGCGUCCGUCGAGAGACCUGGCUCAGGGCUGGAUCUCACACUCUCCGAAACCAGCGCACCCCCCGUCCCCCCGCCCGACUCCUUCGCUCGCUAUAUGUCCGCAUUCGCUGACCAGUCAAUGCAUGUUCAAUUCAAUAUCCCAAGAAAUAGACCUUUGUCUCGUCCGGGUACUUCCCGAUCAUUCAGGGCACCGCGAGAUUUAGAUGUGCCAUCGCGAAGCCAACUUCAACAAGCUGCUUUGUUAUCUGUCGUAGGACAGCGCGGAGAACGUAUCUCAUUCGGAGAAUUGUUUCAGAAACAGAAGACCCUUGUAAUCUUCAUUCGCCAUUUCUGGUGCCCCCUUUGCCAGGAUUACAUGGCCUCAGUCUCUCGCAGUGUAUCACCGGAGAUGCUGAAGCGUGCUGGUGUCAAACUCGUUAUCAUUAGUAAUGGGUCUCACAAAAUGAUCAGAUCCUACCGUAAAAUCUUUCGCACUCCGUUCCAAGUUUAUACCGAUCCCACCCAUAGAGUGUACGAUGCUCUGGGGAUGACUACAGAAGUCGCUGACGAAUUCACUGCACCUGGGGGCUAUGUUCGUCACGGAGUCUUCAGUGGGAUCGCAAUGGUGGUAGCAAAUGCGUUGAAAGUCGGCAUGCCCGUCUGGGAACGCGGAGGAGAUAUCUCCCGCCUCGGCGGGGAAUUUAUCCUAGGCCCGGGGAUAACGUGCUCCUUUGCGCACCGCAUGCAAAACCCACGUUCUCAUGCACCCAUAAUGAGGUUGAUCGCCGAGGUGGGCGUGGACGUUGCGACGCCCGAGGCAAGAUCUCCUAGUCCCGCGUCGAAACCCCCAAAUAUGACAGAAGAAGAAGAGAUGCAGUGGAUGAAGGGCAGAAGGCGGAGUUUGGCUGCGCUCAAGGCUCGAAAGGUCCAGCGCAGAGGAGGCUCCCAGUGGUGUGGUGGAUCCAAUUGUCUGAUCAAUGUUGAUUCCAAGGAAUCUACUUGA